GCACGACCCCAGGCACGCGCCAUGCCGGACCCCGCGGGGCACCUGCCCUUCUACUACGGCAGCAUCUCGCGCGCCGAGGCCGAGGAGCACUUGAAGCUGGCGGGCAUGGCCGACGGGCUCUUCCUGCUGCGCCAGUGCCUGCGCUCGCUGGGCGGCUACGUGCUGUCCCUGGUGCACGACGUGCGCUUCCACCACUUCCCGGUCGAGCGCCAGCUCAACGGCACCUACGCCAUCGCGGGCGGCCGCGCGCACUGCGGCCCCGCCGAGCUCUGCGAGUUCUACUCGCGCGACGCCGACGGGCUGCCCUGUGCCCUGCGCCGCCCGUGCAACCGGCCGGCCGGGCUCGAGCCGCAGCCCGGCGUCUUCGACAGCCUGCGCGACGCCAUGGUGCGCGACUACGUGCGCCAGACCUGGAAGCUGGAGGGCGAAGCCCUGGAGCAGGCCAUCCUGAGCCAGGCGCCGCAGGUGGAGAAGCUCAUCGCCACCACCGCGCACGAGCGGAUGCCCUGGUUCCACAGCAGCCUCACGCGAGAAGAAGCCGAGCGCAAGCUCUACUCGGGUGCGCAGACCGACGGCAAGUUCCUGCUGAGGCCCCGGAAAGAGCAGGGCACCUAUGCGCUGUCCCUGAUCUAUGGGAAGACCGUGUAUCACUACCUCAUUAGCCAGGACAAGGCGGGCAAGUACUGCAUCCCCGAGGGCACCAAGUUCGACACCCUGUGGCAGCUGGUGGAAUACCUGAAGCUGAAGGCUGAUGGACUCAUCUACUGCCUGAAGGAGGUCUGCCCCAAUACCAGCGCGGAGGAGACCAUUGCUCCCACACUUCCUGCCCAUCCAUCCACGUUCACCCAUGCCCAGAGACGGGUGGACACUCUCAACUCUGAUGGAUACACCCCAGAACCAGCGCGCCUGGCACCUGCAGACGAGCCACGGCCGAUGCCCAUGGACACAAGUGUGUACGAGAGCCCCUACAGUGACCCCGAAGAGCUCAAGGACAAGAAGCUCUUCCUGAAGCGUGAGAACCUGCUUGUGGCUGACAUUGAACUUGGCUGCGGCAAUUUCGGCUCAGUGCGCCAGGGCGUCUACCGCAUGCGCAAGAAGCAGAUCGAUGUGGCCAUCAAGGUGCUGAAGCAGAGCACGGAGAAGGCGGACAAGGAUGAGAUGAUGCGGGAGGCGCAGAUCAUGCACCAGCUGGACAACCCCUACAUCGUGCGGCUGAUAGGCGUGUGCCAGGCCGAGGCGCUUAUGCUGGUCAUGGAGAUGGCAGGUGGCGGGCCGCUGCACAAGUUCCUGGUUGGAAAGAAGGAGGAGAUCCCCGUGAGCAACGUGGCCGAGCUCCUGCACCAGGUGUCCAUGGGCAUGAAGUACCUGGAGGAAAAGAACUUCGUGCACCGCGACCUGGCAGCCAGAAACGUCCUGCUGGUCAACCGGCACUAUGCCAAGAUCAGCGACUUUGGCCUCUCCAAGGCCUUGGGUGCUGAUGACAGCUACUACACAGCCCGCUCCGCAGGGAAGUGGCCCCUCAAGUGGUACGCACCCGAGUGCAUCAACUUCCGCAAGUUCUCCAGCCGCAGCGACGUGUGGAGCUACGGGGUCACCAUGUGGGAGGCCUUCUCCUAUGGCCAGAAGCCUUACAAGAAGAUGAAGGGCCCUGAGGUGCUGGAGUUCAUCAAGCAGGGCAAGCGGAUGGAGUGCCCGGCCGAGUGCCCACCCGAGAUGUAUGCGCUCAUGAGCGACUGCUGGAUCUACAAGUGGGAGGACCGCCCUGACUUCCAGACCGUGGAGCAGCGCAUGCGCACCUAUUACUACAGCCUGGCGAGCAGAGCUGAGGGGUCCCCGAAGGGCUCACAGGGGCCGGAGGCUGCAUGCGUCUGACCUCUGGCCCCGUGGAGCC